CAGAAAAACUGAAGUGAAAGGUAUAAGUAAAAGCGACAAUAGCUAAAGAAUGGGUAAGGGAGGGGCGCAGGAGACUCUCCACCACCACCGAAGUCCGGAGUGAGGCACGCCAAUACUUCCGGCGACCCUACCAAAAUAUUUGGCACAUUCCUCCCAAAAUACCACCCAUCACUCCCACAUCACCCACCAAGAAACUUCGUGUCUUAGUCACCUCUCAAACCUGGAAGUGGGCAGUGAACAGGGCGCAGUCUCCGGGGAAAGAAAACGGAGCCGCAGGACGCCUGGGUCCACACGGGUCCCCAGAGAUGUCUCCGCCACCGCUGCUGCUGCUGCUACUACCGUUGCUCACCAUGCAGCCCACUGGGGCCACGUUGAUCCGGACCCCACUUCGCAGAGUCUACACUGGACUCAGGGCCCUGAACCCACUGAGGGGAUGGGAUAAGCCAGCAGAGCCCCCCAGGUUGGGGGCUCCAUCCCCUGGGGACAAGGACUUCUUUGUGCCUCUCUCCAACUACAUGAACGUCCAGUAUUAUGGGGAAAUUGGGCUGGGAACGCCCCCACAAAACUUCUCUGUCGUCUUUGACACCGGUUCCUCCAAUCUCUGGGUCCCGUCCGUGAGAUGCCACUUCUUCAGUCUGCCCUGCUGGGUCCACCACCGCUUCAACUCCAAAGCCUCCAGCUCCUUCCGGCCCAAUGGGACCAAGUUUGCCAUUCAAUACGGAACUGGCCGCCUAGACGGCAUCCUGAGUGAGGACAAGCUGACUAUUGGGGGAAUCACAGGUGCAUCGGUGAUUUUUGGGGAGGCUCUGUGGGAGCCCAGCCUGGUCUUCACAUUUGCCCACUUCGAUGGGGUAUUGGGCCUCGGUUUUCCCGUUCUGGCUGUGGGAGGAGUUCGGCCCCCGCUGGAUAGACUGGUGGACCAGGGGCUUCUGGAUAAGCCUGUCUUCUCCUUCUACCUCAACAGGGACCCUGAGGCAGCUGAUGGCGGAGAGCUGGUCCUGGGUGGCUCGGACCCAGCACACUACAUCCCACCCCUCACCUUUGUGUCAGUCACGAUCCCUGCCUACUGGCAGAUCCACAUGGAGCGUGUGGAGGUUGGCACAGGGCUGACUCUUUGUGCCCGGGGCUGUGCUGCCAUUCUGGACACAGGCACGUCUCUCAUCACGGGACCCACUGAGGAGAUCCGGGCCCUGCAGGCAGCCACUGGGGGAGUCCCCCUGCUAAUGGGGGAGUACCUCAUCCAGUGCUCGAAAAUCCCAACGCUCCCCCCAGUCUCCUUCCUCCUUGGCGGGGUCUGGUUUAACCUCACGGCUCAGGACUACGUCAUCCAGAUUGCUCGGGGUGGCGUCCGUCUCUGCUUGUCAGGCUUCCAGGCUCUGGACAUGCCUCCGCCCGCAGGGCCCCUCUGGAUCCUCGGCGAUGUCUUCUUGCGCAGCUACGUGGCCGUCUUCGACCGUGGCGCCUACGUGGCCGUCUUCGACCGUGGCGACAGGAAAAGCGGGGCGCGAGUGGGGCUUGCGCGUGCUCGAGCUCGUGGAGCAGGACAGUGAAGGGGUGGGCUUGCGCAGCCGCAG